AUGAUCAUAAUCAUGAUUACUCCGGCAAAAACUUCCACAACAACCAUCUUACAAUACGGGCAUCUGUUUUUUCGAUGUGCAUUGACUUUAGACAGAUGUUGUUCUAAUCCCGAGACAACUGGUCCCUUAAUGCUCCCUGCCUGCGAUCAACGGCGAUUAAAAGAACCACGUGAGUACUGCACAUUCAAACAUUUCAACGUCACGUGUUCCAAAUUAAAUGACGUCAUAUUGAUGACGUCAGCGAGGUACGGACGAAUGGCGAACAGUCAGUGCAUCAUGGCGUCCGAUGCUUCUGUCGGCUGCUGGACGGAAGUUCUCCAUUACAUGGACAGGAAGUGUUCAGGAAAGAGAAGUUGCUUCGUAAGGAUUCCAAACGCGAAGAUGCACCGCCAGCAACCAUGCGCCAAAGAUUUGCUGACCUACCUCGAGGCCGACUACCAAUGUCUUACUGUUGAGACCGUCUCAAACGCAGAGGACACCUGCCAAGAAGCUGGACACUCGACAAUUCACUUGAAGGACUCCACAUCGGGCUGGCUUUCGAGUGAGGUUUCUAUGGCAACCAAGGUGGGCUCCAUCUACUGUCCCUGGGUCCUCGUCGUCAGCAAGGGACAAACACUCAAGGAUGGCAGGGGCGGAUUUAUGUUGGAAGUUGGAGAGCCAUGA